AAGAUGGUACUGAGGUUGCUAUUAAACAAAUAAUAAAAAAUCCACUGAACAACAAGGACUUUGAAAAUGAACUGAAGCAUUUACAAGAUUUAAAUCUUGAGAGCAAGAACAUAGUCAGAUAUGUGGAUUUUGCAGAAGAUGAUAAUUUUUAUUACCUUGCGCUACAGCUUUGUGAAUGUAAUUUAGAGAGCCACAUGAAAGACCUCAAUAAUCAAGAACAUGAAAACAAAGACACUGCUAUGAAGAAAAUGGUAAAGGACGUGCUUCUUGGCCUUGGAUAUCUUCAUCGUUAUGAAGUGAUACAUCGGGAUAUAAAACCUAAAAAUGUUUUGAUAGAUUCAGGAAAUAAUGCAAGGCUAGCUGAUUUUGGUUUAAGUCGCAAACUGGAGGAGGGCAGUGAUGUGUAUACCGCGAGGGCUGGUACCAGAGGCUGGGAGGCCGUGGAGACGCUGGUUCCUUCUGGAAAAAGUAGAUACAAAAUGAGCUCAGACGUUCAGGUUGCUGGCAUGUUGGUGUACUACAUCCUUUCUGGUGGGAAUCAUCCUUUUGAUGUAAAUAACUCUAAGGAUCGAGAGACGAACAUUAGAGAAGGGAAUUACUCUCUUGAUGAUGUCUCUGAUAUAGUAGCACAAGAUCUCAUAAAGGGAAUGAUCAACAUAGACCCGGCACAGAGACCCACCAUUGAAGAGGCCCUACAGCAUCCUUACUUCUGGGAUGACAACAGGAAAGAUGGCGUUCUUAGGAAACUUGGAGACAGAGAGGAAGUACAACACUAUGUGGCUAUAGAACAAAUAUACAACUUCUACAAGCAGAUGGAGAACGGUGAACGAGGAAACCCAACAGCACCAUUGACCCUCGAAGAGCAAAUUAAGCAUUUAGAAAUUCCGAAAAAUAAAAGCCAGGAUAUUCGUAAAGCAGUGGGUGACGAUGUAGCAAAACUUAGGACCUUGUGUGACACAGCAAAGAAAUACAGUGUGGAGAAAACCUUUUCUGCUUGGAAAACUGACCUUUCGCAGAUAUGGACAGUACACAGAGACAUCGACCCAAAGGCACCAGAGGACAUACUUGGCCUGUUUCGUUUUAUGCGUAACAAACUGGUGCAUGACAAAGCUCGAUUUGAAGAGAAUAAAUUGCUCAAUCACUACCCAGAUUUCUUUAUAAGUUUACACGGGCUGGCUAGAGACCUGAAAUGGGAUUACUGAAGCUGCAUAGUCUUCAUUUCUUUUUUGAAAGCACAACAUUUUUGGAUCUGAGACAUUUAAGUCACCGGGCGAGUUCAUUCUUCCGAGGCUGCCUCACAAGACCGGUCUCCACGAGAGCACAAACCUGUUCUUUGCAUUUUAGCAUUAACGGAAAUAUCCGUACAAUAAAGGAAAAUGUAGCCUACUGGUAAUUUCUGCCAGUACUUUAUCCUCUUUUUACAGGAUUUUUUUACAAUGUAGGUUAGUCACUCAAUUAAUUCUCUCGUGCUUCUUUCCCACCUUUCCACAUUUUGUUGCAUUAAUAAGGAGUUAUCACAAACUAAGACUGUUUAGUCGUGCUAUCUUGCAAUCAGUACUUACUUAAUGCAAGGUAAAAUGUCGCCAAUGUAACCAAUUAAAACAAAAAAGUGGCCAGGAGGUCUUAAAAUGUAUGGAAAGAGUCUUAAAAAAUGUCUUAAAAAGUAACAAAUUUACCUCCAUGAUUCCUGCAUAUACCCUGCAUUAAUUCUAAACUAUUGUUUACCAUCGUUGCUGGUCAAUAAACAUCUGAACUGUU